GUCGAAAAGGUAAAAUCAAGAUGCAAACAAGUGUCACUUAGUCCAGUUUUCACAAAGGAUUAUGACAGUUUGGAACUUUCGUACUUAAAGUAACGCUGUAUGCUAACUUAGCCCUCGUGCCUGUUUUUAAUUCUCUCUGUAUUCACCAUGAGCUCUGUUUUAAUGCACGUCGGUGCGGUUUGACUAACGUUAGCUAGAUAACGCCAUGCGCGUGCCGUUAGCCCGGCUAGCUAGCACGCUGACUUCAGCACUGUCAAGGAGCGUGUUGACGCGUGAAUAACCGGAACUCGUGCGUCAUAUCCCGUCUUUUUGGGGCGUCCAUAACUGCCGUUAACGUGAACUGAGAGGCUGUAGGAACGUAGUGAACCAUGAAGAGAGAAAUUGCAGCUGUGGUGAACUUCCUGAAGAGGCUUGUGAAAAAGGGAGGGAAGUUGGAGUCGCACAAGAUCGAUCUGUUUGUUGAGAGGCUGGCUGUUGCACUGCAGGAGAAGUUCAAGGGGCACUGGUACCCUGAAAAUCCCAACAAAGGACAGGCUUACAGAUGCAUCCGCAUGAACAGGCUCUACAGGCAGGAUCCAGAGCUCCUUCGGGCAUGCCGAGAGAGCGGAGUUCAGUUCAAUGACCUGAAACUGUGCCUUGAACUCGCGCUGUGGGUGGACCCCGGGGAGGUCAGUUGCAGGUACGGAGAGCACAAUCCCAGCUUCUCAGUUGCCAGCUUCUCUUGUAAUGAGGGGGACACAGAUGUUGCAAAGGUGACCAGUGCUUUGGAGAGGGUGACGUCUGACUACCACUCGGGUUCCUCCUCGGAUGAGGAAAGCGUAGACAUUCCCCCCCACUCUCUCUACAACGGCCACAGUCCUUACCAGGCGAUGAAUCCCACUGCUCCUACUUGGCACCCUAAGAAGAUGGUACCAGAAUAUGGUAUCCUUCCACGGCCGCACUACUGCUUCAUGCCUCACGGCAGAACCCAGGCCACUUUCAGGCCCGGUCAGUGGGUCGCUCCCGGGUUUGGAGACAGGCCUCCCAAAAUCUGACCCUGCGUUACAAAUAGGAACUGUGGUGCUCGAUGUUUACACUAGACAAUAAAGCUGAAGACAACUUUAAAA